AUGCUUACAUUACCAGUAGAGCCGGGCUAUAGCAUGGGAAGUUUUAGGAUUGGAAUGCCCAUUUCCGAAGCUAUUCAGCAUUUGAAACAUUUGGAUGAUAAACCAAAUGCUGUGGAAAUUUUGUACAAUGAAAAGGAUCCUCUGAAUAAUGAUACUAUUGUGAAAAUUGUUGAGGAAGAUAUUGUAUUAUAUUUCGAGUCAAAAACACAACGAUUGAAGUUAAUUCAAAUCAAUAACGUUAAAAAAGUUAAAUUAUCAUAUGGUGCUAGCAUAUUUAGUGGUCCGAAUGUUGAUGCUAGUUUUGUAAAUAUUUAUAAUGUAUUCGGUCCAACUUAUCCAGGCGAGUUUGACACAAAAUCAAACACGUACAAGUUGACUUAUCCUGGUCUGACUUUUGUAUUCCCAAUCCCUCCAAUGUUUUCUCAUUUGUACUCAGAUGGUAAAGAGUUACCAAUUGAAUUCCCAAAUAAUACCACUCCAAUAGCCACCACCAUUUAUCUUUUCCAUGGUCAUGAUCUUGCAAAACCCAAACUACCUCCUGUAAAAUCAGAAUCUACUCCUGACAGUUAUUACGAGCCAAUUAUUGUCAAUCUUGGAAGGGGCAUUGAAUUAUCUUACUCAAAGAAGAAAAUCAAAUUUGGUUAUUCAACUCAAGAUGUUUUAAUGAUUCUUGGAGCUCCAGAUAAGAUUUAUUACAAGAGGAAUGACAAGUUGAGAAUUCACGCUAUAGGAGCAGGCCAAUCUCAAACUGUUGGAAAUGACUAUUUUUAUAAUUAUUUUAGUAUGGGCUUUGACAUUAUGUUUGGAGGAAAUACACACACAGUACAAAAGAUAAUGCUUCACACUAACUUCCCUGGCAGUGUUGAUUUUAAUACGUACUCUAAAUGUAACUUCUCCAUUCCAGUGUCACAAUUCGAAUUUCAAGAGAAGAGGGAAAAUCAAUUUAUUGGUCCAGAUGAAAAGUUUUCCAAUGUUCAAAAGAUACUUGAUGGCACUCCUUGUAGCAAACCAAUUGUUCAUGACCACACCAAAGCUAAUAAUCCAUUUGGAGGAACCAAAUUCUUUGCUUUUAGAAAUUGUAUAUUUGAAGUGAUUAGUAGAAAUGAUCAUAUUAAUUCAUUGACCUUAUUUAAGGAUGAAAACAGCUAGCAAUAAACUGUUUAGUA